UGCUAUUUCGCGUUGCACACCGUAGUUUGCUAUCAUUGAGGAAGCAACGUGCGCAGUGUCGUCGGGUUUUGUUAGUUGGUUGGUCGAAUCGAAGGAAAAAAAAAGGUUUCCUUCUAUCGCGGCGAUUGCAUUUUCUGUUUUGUGCGGCAAAACACAGAACAUCCAGUCCCAUCGAAAGUGCGUGUGGUGUGAUUAGUGGCGCGGUUUUGUGUGAAAAUUGAGUGCAUCUUGCUAGUUCCUCCAACUUUUCUAAGCGCGCGGUUGCAGCUUUUGGAAUAAGGGCAGCUGAAGAAACUUUAAAACCGGUGGAAUUGAGUGUUUGAUCAGAUCAAACAAACGGAAACUUCGUCGCUAGAGGAUACACUGUGGGACACUGACUGACAGGAAAGCAACUAGAAGGCUGAGAUUUUGGAGCAAAAUAGAUCAAAAUGGUGAUCGGCGGAAAGGAGACGAUUGAUUUGGAGGCCGGCGCGGCAGCACUCAAAGAAUGGAUCGUCACCCAACCUCAUCUUCCCCAGAACAUUCAUCCCCUACUCCUGAAGCGGUAUAUUCAUUCAACCAAAGGCGAUCUAGAGUACGCAAAGAAGAUUUUCGUUCUCGGAUAUACGAUUCGACAGAAUAAUCCCAUCAUAUUCGGUGAUCGUGAUCCGCAGGAAGAAAAAAUCCAGAGAAUCCUGAAAGCAAUUGAUAUGGUUCCAUUGCCAUGCAUUGAAGGCUGUUCGGAUAAAUUUGUAUUCUAUCGUCUGGUGGACUGUGAUCCUGAUAAGUUUCAUUUCAACGACGUUAUUCGAACUUUUUUCGUCAUUGCUGACAGCCGCAUGAUACAACCUGAUAUUCCCAUGACCGACGGAGGAGAUAUUCCGAUUUUCGAUAUGAAUGGAUUUACUCUGCGUCACUUGACGAAAGUUAUCCUUUCAACUUUACGAGUGUACAUGCGAUACACACAGGAAGCCCACCCCGUAAGAUUGAAGGCCAUCCACGUGAUCAACUGCACACCAUUCUUGGACCGUGUCAUGUACAUAGUUCGCCCAUUUAUGAAAAAGCGAGUUUCUGAAAUGUUGCACUUCCAUCUACCAAACUCGGAAUCGAUCUAUGAACAUGUGCCAAAGGACAUCUUGCCCGAUGAGUAUGGUGGAAAGCAAUCGAUCGCUAAGCACAAGGCCGAUUGGUUCAAGCGCUUAGAAUUGCUAAGAGAUUACUUUACUGACGACACACGGUGGAAAAUAGAUGAAUCGCGAAAAGCCCCUGUCGUGAACGAAUUAGCAGGAACGUUGCGUCAACUAGAAAUUGAUUGAUUCAGUGAACUAGAAAUAAAUGUCAAAUGUGAACUGAUUUUAUUCCCUUUUGAGCAAUGGAGAGCGGUUAAAAAAGUUAUAUUUCUAUUA